GCAGAAAAGUUGUGGCAGUCGAUUUUAGCUACUCGUUGCUGAAAGCCAAAACCAAAAUCAACUCGACCGUUACGUACGAAGCACGAAAAUCGAAAACCACCACUACCAAGCGACCGAGGAUGAUGACCCACUUUUCGGAAUUUUCGCAUUAAGAAAUAGCAAUCUUGAUGUUAGGUUCAGAAAGAGUUUAGCGUUAAAACAAAAGUGUAAAUAUUUGUGUACAUAUAGAAAAGUGAAGCUUUAUAAUUAAUAUCAGUUUAAUAAGCUAACAUAUAAAAUAAAAGCAAAUGAAGCGGAGGUGAAACGACAGAAGAUGCAGUAGAGGAAUACACAUUGGAAAAUCCGCAGGCAGAAAAAUUCGCUCUAUACUAUAAAGUCACCCCUGAACUCCGCAAUCCAGCGCAGCAGUAGGCGUAACAGCAAAAGAUGUGGAGCGUCAAUGGAGCACCAGCGGAGCGCUAGCAGAGGCUAUACAGAAAACUGCUGGCACGAAGUUGUAUAAAAAUCGGUCACAAUGUUGCUGCUUUCAUGGUUGCGCGAGUGAAAAUGUGCUAAAAAUGUGCUUUCUGCGAAAUAUUGAAUGAAAUGGGCUAGAAGUGUAAAAAAUUAUGUAGUUAGAAAGAAAAGUAUAGCAAUUGCGUAAAUGUAUAAUCUUUUAUUUUGAAAAUAAGUAUCCGGCGAUGUUGACGAUUAACGUGGAAGAAUAGAAACAUGAGUUAUAGCUCUGAAUGAAUAAAUACAUAUAUAUACGUAUUUAAAGAAGGUGUGAAAAUUGUAAAACAUAUAAUACAUACAUAUAUCUACAUAUAUAUGUAUGUAUCUGUAUUUAUACCCAUUGAAAUGCAUUUAUGAAAAAUAUCUAUAUUCCUCCGAAAUGCAAAUGUAAACGAGUAAUCAGCACCAUACAAAUCCACGGAGUAUAAUAAAAUAGCGAAAAAAUUACAUACAUACAUACAUAUGUACGUACAUAUGUUCUAAUUUGGGGCACCACUCAUUCGUGCAUAAUUAUAAUAAAGGAACAAAUAAUAAUAAUAAUAGCAAUACACAUACAUAAUCGAAAUACAUAUAAAAAUAUUAUUGAAUUUACGAAGUAGUUAAAAUAUCACUAAUAAAAAGGCAACUUGCAAAUAAACGUGCAACUAUGUUAGGAGUGGGUGCGAAGGAGGGUUAAACUUUCCAACGCCGAAAAAUCAUAUCGACACGCUAACGUGCAGGAAGUGGAAGUGAAGGGUCAGCAGGUGGCACAUUUUAAAGAGGGACAAAUACACACACAUAUACAUCCACGCAAACGAGAGCGCAAGGAGCCGUGCAGCUGGAUGAUAAGCACGUAAGCGACGGUAAAGGCGUUCUACUUGAUUGCGUUGACGUUCGCACGCUCACACACGCCAACACGCUCGCAGGCACAUUUUAUCAUUGCAAGCGCUCGUACACCAUCGGCUUCGCCUUUAUAGUACUGGUUCAUUGCCUGUCGGUUGACUGGCGAAAUUUAUUGUUGCUUGUUAAAGCAAAUCGCAUAAAUGAUUUCAUACGACCAGCAACGGAUGAAGCAACAACAAAAACAUCAACCGAAUUUACGGCAACAGCAAGAAGGUAACAAAAUCACGGAGAACGUCAAAAUCACCAAGAACAAAAGGACCAGCAAUAACAACCACAACAUAUAUAACUGAAGCAAAGCAAAACGUAACAACGGCAAAGUCGUAAAAAUUCGCUAAAAUGCCGUACGAGUCCAUGCACCAUCAUCAGUCAUCAGCGCCCAACGGCAUGUUGGACUCAUUGAGUUUGCAGCUCCGCGAUGCGGAGAUGCGCCGCACUGAAAUUGAGCGCGCACACCAGGAAACGUUGGCACAAAUACGCAAUAUGUCGAGCAGCAGUCGCCCGGACACAGAAGCUGUAGAGAAUCUGCAAUCGCGCGCGCGUGAACUUGAGAAAAAAGUCGCUUUGGAAAAUGUACGCUGCGAGGAAUUGCAAAUUGAAUUAACGUCCGCAUUGAAGGCGAAGGCUGCGCGUUCAGGCGGUAGCGACCGAGGCAACUAUGGCGGCAUUUCAGCAUCAAGCGCAAAUGCUUCUUCAGCGGCCGCCAUAUCGGGCACAAGUUCCACUGUCACGUGGGCACCGACAAUCAGUCAUCAGGACCAAGGCUCUGAAAUUGAUAUCAUUAUGGCGAAAAUUGAACAGGAUAAUCGCGUAUUGGCCGAGCUGGAGCAGCCCCGUACAUCGGCCAAGGGCAUGUCUUCGAUGCCAACAAGUUCCAUAUUGAAUAACACUAAUAGCGAAUUUCAAACCAUAUCAAAAAACGAAUUAGAAGAAGAGUUGAACCGUUAUAAGCGAGCAGUGUUGGGCGGCACAAGCGGCACCGCCGUCGGUAGUUCGGCGCUCACCAGCAGCUAUGGUACCGCAGCCACCACCGGCGCUGGUGGCCUACCAUCAUCGCUUACCUCCACACUGCCGAAUGGCGCUAGCGCCAUGUCAGCCGCAUUAGUUGGUAGUGGAGGCAGCGGCGGUGUUGGUGUUGGCGUUAGUGCAGGUGGUGGCAGCAGUGUCGGCAGUGGGGGUGGUAGUGGCGGCAGUGGUCCAGGCGGUGGCGGCGGCGGCGGUGGUGUUAUGGGCCUCUCAUCUAUAUCAGCGCUGGUGCCCAACUCCAUUGGCGGUAUAUCGUCGAGUUUGAGCAGUCAUGCCAUACAAUCGAUGAAUACGGCCGCGUCCGCCUAUGGCGCUGGUCCCACGUCCGUUGAGAAACUGCUAAGCGGAACAAGUGGAAUCGCUGGCGGCAUUCCACCAUUGCCGGUAAAUAUUCAUACGAUGAAGUCUAUGCCAUCAGCAUUAAGUCAGCGUGGCACAAUACAACUGUAUAAUUUGCAGAGCACAACCAUGCCCAUCUUGUCGUUGAACGCGCAUAACAUACCGACCGGUACGAGCAGUUACUCGGCACUGGGGCUAAGUGGUGCCGGCACUGUUGGAGUGCCGUCGCUGGGCUCGUCGCUGACACACCCCGCCUUGGGUAAUAUGCUCGAUACGAGUACCCUGCUCGGCACUACUGGUUUGUCGGGUUUGAGCGGAGUGGGGGGCGCUUCUUCGUUGUAUGGAUUGGGCGCUGGCCCCGGCAUUGGUGGUUUGAGUGGAAUUACCAGUGGUCUACCUAAUUCUUAUGUCCCACCCUUCAUUGACGUGGGCUCGAGCACCUCAUAUCCCUACUCGUCGGCUGCAUUGCGUACUGCUACAAAAAUGAAAAUGCUCGAUGAGAUUGAUAUACCGUUGACACGUUAUGGAAAUCGCAGCUCGCCGUGCUCACCGAUACCGCCCAGCACGUGGGGACUCGAUGAGUUCACUGAUGGUUUGAGUGCUUCAAUGUUACAUAAUCGUGGCAAUUUGGCGUUGGGGGCAUUGGAUUUGGAAACGCGAAAUCAUAAUUUAAAUGGCGUUAGUGAACCACAAGUAGACAUGUUGGACAUACCGGGCAAGGGACGGUGCUGCGUCUUCAUAGCGCGUUUUCCAUACGAUCCACCAGAGGAAGCUGAAGGUGAAUUAUCGCUUUGCGCUGGUGAUUAUUUACUCGUUUGGACGAGCGGCGAACCACAAGGCGGCUAUUUAGAUGCCGAAUUGCUAGAUGGUCGGCGAGGUCUAGUGCCUGCCUCGUUUGUGCAACGUUUGAUUGGUGAUGAUCUUUUGGAAUUCCAUCAAGCAGUACUGUCGACUUUGCGUGACGCCGAGGAUGGCUCUAUGCAAUGUGACACUACUUCGUUGCCCUCGCUGCCACCUCACAACCCUUUGCUCACACACACCCAGGAGGACUUGGCACGCUUGAGUGAGACGCACACAGAUUUGGAACACGAUCAAGAUGACAUAAGUGAUAAUGUUCCAGCACCGAAGCACUUAACGUUGGAGCGCCAGCUAAAUAAAAGUGUGCUUAUCGGUUGGUCACCACCAGAACCAGUAGGCUAUAAUCUCAUUGACAGCUAUCAUGUCUAUGUGGACGGCGUCCUGAAAGUAACGGUAAAGGCCAAUGAGCGGACACGAGCGCUUAUAGAGGGCGUAGACUCAAACAGGCCACAUCGUAUCAGCGUGCGUAGUGUUACACAGAAUCGACAGACAUCACGCGAUGCAGCAUGUACAAUGAUUAUUGGACGCGACACCUCGCAUUUAGGGCCUUCAGCGGUGCGAGCUUCGCACAUUACGUGUUCAUCGGCGGUCAUAUCAUGGUUACCGGCCAACUCAAAUCAUCAGCAUGUGGUGUGUGUGAAUAAUGUAGAAGUGCGUACGGUCAAACCGGGUGUCUAUCGUCACACCAUUACCGGGCUGGCCCCGAGCACACAAUAUCGAGUCACAGUGCGGGCUAAACACUUGCGAGCAGCGGGUGGUCAACCUACACCAGGACGUCCGCAGGAGGAAGCACCGGGUGCGUAUGCUGAUUUCCGUACGUUGACUAAGGGCUUGCCCGACCCGCCACAGGAUAUCCAACUUGAGGCUGGUCCUCAAGAUGGUACCAUUUUGGUGACAUGGCAGCCGGUUAACCGGCCAACAUCUUCUGGCCCCGUAACCGGCUAUGCUGUGUACGCCGAUGGUAAGAAGGUAACAGACAUUAACUCACCAACUGGGGAUCAUGCGCUCAUCGAUAUCGGCAAACUGGGCGUAUUUAAUCCACGUGCGGUCACCAUACGCACCAAAUCGCGAGACGCACAAUCAGCCGAUAGCGCACCCAUACUAAUACCAAAUACUGUGCGCAGUGCAGUAGGUCGUCGAGGGCCUCAACAAAUGGGCAUGGGUCCGCAACAAAUGCAACCCGGCACCCAUGGCAUGCCCGGUCAAAUGAACAUGCCCGGCCAACCGCUUCAGCAGCAGCAACAUAUGAUGGGCCAAGAUCCGAAUCAAUAUGACCCAAAUCAACAAAUGCAACACGGACAACAACAACAAACCGGACAACAACAAGGGCAGCCAGGACAACAGCCUGACGGAAGCCAUGGCUUAUUAGGUGGGCUGCUCGGUGGCCUCUUCUCAAAACCCACUACUCAGAGUCAAGUGAAUCAGAAUGUCAAUGGCUAUCAGCCGGGCACGGGGCAGCGGCCCAUGAUGCAGGGGCGACCACCUGGUCCGCAGAUGAUGGGUGGACAACAACCUGGUCAGCAGCCUUAUGGUCCACAGGGGCAAAUGGGUGCACAACAACGUUUCCCCGGCCAACGUGGUCCCGCUCCGGGGCAGAUGCAAGGACAAAUGCCUGGUCAAUUGCAGGGGCAGAUGCAAGGUCAAGGCCAAAUGCCUGGGCAAAUGCAGGGUCAAAUAGCCGGCCAGAUGCAGGGUCAAAUGCCCAUACAAAUGCAAGGUCAAAUGGCCGGACAAAUGCAAGGUGCUAUGGGUCCUCGAGGCCCACUAAAUCCACAACAACAAAUGCAGCAACAGCAACAGCAACAUCAGCAGCAGCAACAACAGCAGGGACAGAUGGGUAUGGGCCCUGGACAACAACCAUUAAAUCAACAACAACAACAAUUGGCGGCACAAAAGAAACCACGUUAUUUCGUCGCUAUGUUCGACUAUGACCCAAGCACAAUGAGUCCAAAUCCAGAUGGAUGCGACGAAGAACUGCCAUUCCAAGAAGGUGACACAAUCAAGGUUUAUGGCGACAAAGACGCCGAUGGCUUUUAUUGGGGUGAACUUCGCGGGCGUCGUGGCUACGUACCGCACAAUAUGGUAACGGAAGUGGAUGAUGGUACCGGUGGUAUGGGCCCAAUGCCGGGCGGACCUCCGCAGCCUGGUGGUCCGGGUCAAGUUAUGCCCGGACAGGGUGGGCCCCAACAAAGUAUGCGUAAUGUAAGUCGGGACCGUUGGGGUGAUAUCUAUGCAAACAUGCCGGUGAAACGUAUGAUCGCGCUGUAUGAUUAUGAUCCGCAAGAGCUGAGUCCGAAUGUGGACGCGGAACAGGUGGAAUUGAGCUUCAAAACGGGUGAGGUAAUACUCGUUUAUGGUGAUAUGGAUGAAGAUGGUUUCUAUAUGGGAGAACUGGACGGUAUACGUGGUCUUGUGCCGUCAAAUUUCCUCGCCGAAGCACCCGAUCAGUACAACAAUCAAAUGGGACCAGCAGGACGUGGUGGCCUAAGUCAACGGGGUAGAGGACAAGGCCCCGGCGCCAGAGGGCCUCCGCCACCGCCCAGAGAUAACAUGAUGCCCGGCAUGACUGGGCAACGCGGUUCCAUAGGCAAAAAUGCUCGCCCUGCUUCCCCUACACUGUUAGACAACACGGGCCUCCCUGCCCCCGAUCACCAAACGCAGGGGAUGAUCGGUCGCGGUGGUAAUGUUGGUAUGCAACAACAACUUCAACAACAACAACCAUAUGGUCAGCAACAGGCACAGCAGCAGCAACAACAAAUGGGUAUGGGUCAAAUGGGGCAACAACAGCAGGGCAUGAUGGGGCAACAGCAACAACAGCCGAUGGGUGGACAAAUGGGCCAAAUGAACGCUAUGGGUCAGAUGGGGCAGAUGACGCCACAACAGCAACAGCAACAGCAGCAGCAGCAGCAACAACAACAACAGCAGCAACAGCAACAACAAAUGGGUAUGGGCGGGCAGAUGGGACAAAUGGGCCAAAUGGGUGCGAUGGGGCAACAACAGCAGCCCGGCAUGAUGGGCGGCCAACAACAAAUGGGCAUGGGCGGUAUGGCGGGGCAACAACAACAGCAGCCGCCCGUAACGACUCAGUCAUCUGGUGGUCUAUUCUCCGGUGCUACAAGCCUACUCUCAGGUGCUACUUCGGCUGCCACCGGUGGUCUAUUUGGUUCGAAACAACCACCGAAACAAGAUCCAAUGCAACCACCAGUCGGUGCGCAGCCAAUGCAGCCAGGCCAACAACAGCCACCGCCGCAAGGACAACAGCCUCCGCCACAGGGUCAGGGACCAGGGGCGGGGCUGUUGGGCGGACUAAAAGGUAUUGCAGCGGCGGCGCCCGGUGGGGAUGUGCUUUCAAAAGGCAAAGAUCUCUUCGGAAAAUUCGGAUUCGGCUUUGGCAAAUAACCCCGGUCAUUUUGUAGGACAUUUCUAUUUAUAUUGUAUCUAAAUUUGUAUUUAUUAUUAACUAAAAGGCGCAUACAACAAAAAUCACUACUAUUAUUAUCGCUUAAACAAAUAAAUAGUAAUUACAAAAAUAAUGAAUAUUAUAAAUAUGAUUAUGAUUGUAAAUCAUACAAAGCAAUUGAUUGCAAUGGUAAUUAUGAAAAACUAACGGUACUAGUAUUUUUUAUCACAUAAUAUAGUACAUACAUAAAUUGACAAAAAUAUGCAAAGCGACAAAAAACUGAUAGUAAUAUUUAAUACAAUUAAUCUUUGUGUUUUUCCCCCUUUUUCGCGGGCGAAAAAACAAAGCCAUAUUUUACACACAUACGUACGUAAAAUAUGUGUAUAUACCGAGCGGUUAAAAGAUGGCCAUGCCAUGGUGUCUUUUGGCACAGAGGCACAAAUAGUUGGUGGGGUCGCCGCCGUAUCGAAAAUGAGAGAAAAUGGCGAUGGAAGAAGAUCUUGCGCGCUUGAAGCGAAAGCGUAUAAAUAAAAUAUGCAGACAUCAACCCAAAUACUGUGAGACAAAAGCUAGUAAAAUUUAAGUACACCAAGUUACACGGAAACACACUUAAAUGCCCAAAUCGAUCACAUACACAUAUACAAACCAAAGAGAAAUGUUGAAAAUACCACUUAUAGCUAAGUCAAAAAUGCAAUAAUAUUCAACAAGAAAAACUAAAAAAAUCACCUUGAAUGGCGUUUAUUAAAAUUUAUAAGAAACUAACUCUUAAUACAUAUGUAAUUUAUUUGAAUUCUUCGUGUAUUUACAUACAAACGUACGUACAUAUAUAAAUGCAUACGAUAUGUUAUCUAUACCUAGCUACACAUAUACACACACAUAUAUAUAAAUAUAAUAACAUACAUACAUACAUACAUACAUAUAUCCAGGCAAUGCAAAUAAAAUUAUACAUAUUGCAUACACAAAGAACAUAUAGUACAUAAAGAGAUGAAUAAAUAUUAAUAAUAUUAAAAACUAAAACAAAUUAUAUAUAUAAAUAAAUAUAUGAAUAUAUUUACAAGAAAAUAAUUAUUUGUUACGCACAUUGUUAAAUUUGCUACUGUUGCUGACCAGUUUAUAAAUAAAACAAAAUGAAUAUAUAAAAAAAUUUUAAGUCAAAAAUAUAUGAAGGGGAAAUAUGAUAAAAAGUAAUAAAAUAACAUAUAAUAAAAACAUGCUACUCACUAUGUAUUAUAUGAGUGUACGGGACAAAAAAAAGUAUCUAACCUAUAUUAUAUUAUACAUAUUAAAAAAUUAAUGGAAGCGCAGAACCCAAUAUUAAAUUCAAAAGAGGGAAAAUUUCGGAGAAUGAAAAUCGCGGUGCAUUACAUGUGAGAACAGAACACCUGUAAAAUGAUUCGUAAAAACAAAGAAGUGAUGGCUUCAAAACUGCGAAAGUGUACUAUAUAUGUGCCAGCAUAUACACACUAAUGUAUAAUAUAUACACAUACAUAUACUAUAUAAAAACAAAGAUAGAAGUGAGUUUGAAUGAUAUAAGAAAUCUGCUUUAAAAGUAACACUUAAACUUAAAUGCUAAUACUUUAAUUGACACGUACAUACAUACAAAAAUUUAGUUAAAGCUAUUUCCAAUUGAUUAAUACUAAAGGAGUGAGUUUAAAAAAUUUAAUCUAAAUACCAAAAUUUAACAAAACAUUUGUAAAACUAAUGCAAAUUGAUUAAAAACAACCAAAUAAAAAAUUACGCUUUUCGUUGGUAAACUGUAAAAGAAACCAAAGUUUUCCUAACAUUUGCUUAUUCAUGCCAAAACUGUUGCUAUUUUAUAUAUAUUUUUUUCAAACAAUAAUCCUUCAGAAUAUAAGUAUGUAUGUAAAUUCACUAAUACACAUAUACAUUAUAAGAAGCAAAGAAGAUAUACAAAUAUGUAUGCAUGUAAGUUAAAGAAAUUGAAAACCGCGUCCUAACCUCGCAUUUUUUACUUUGCCCCUAGUUGACUGUUUCUUAUAUUAAAACUUAAACUAGUAGCCAUAUCUUGCGGCAUCUUAAAUAAUCUCUACAGCUCUUACACUUCUUCAUACAAUAAGCCUUUAUGAAUAUUUUAAAACUAAACUUUUGAUUUCAAAUGUGAUUUAGUAAAAUGGUAAAAACGUGCCAUGAAAGAGUUUAAAAAGAAAGCUGUUUGAAUGCCCUUGUUUAUUUUCGAAAUCUUAAAAAAAUAACUUUAAAUGUACUAGAUGCCAUGUGUGUGAUUUGCAUUUUAUAUUCUUUUGCCUUCGACUUCAAACUUGAAACGUUUCUCAAAACCUUGAACUCAUGGCUUGAUAAAUGAGACUUCGAAAACAAAACAUUUUUCUUAGAAACAAGGGUUAAGAUAAAAUGAUUAGAAUGAAAAAUCUGUGGAUGAAGAUUAACUAACAUUUUUAAUGUCGGGGAAAGCUUCCCAGAUAAAUGAAUUGUUGUGUUGUGUUUUCGAAAUUGACGCUAUUUUUAAUUUUGAACAUUAUUUUCCUAAAAUUUUUACAUUUGGAAGUUAUGAAAAUACUAAGAGAGCUUGCCUAAUGAUUUUUAUUGAAAUUUUUAUAAAUCUUCAUAACGCAGAAAGCUUUAGUAGAAUAUAGAAAUAAGUAUUGAACAAUGACAAGACUUUUCAACGAUUUGAGUUUUUCGUAAAAAAAUGUGUUUCCAGUUAAUUUAUUUUUCAAUUUCACCGUUAUGCUAAAUAUUAAACUUUUGAAAUAACAAAAAAAAGCACAAAAUUUCGAAGAACUGUAGGGUAUAAGCUUAGCAUACAUACAUGCAUAUGUAUGUAUGUAUAUAUUAUUAAAUACAUUCAAAAAUCGCUUUUCACUUUAAAUUGCUCUCUUAACAUACACAUAAGUAUAUGUAUGUAUAUUUAGAAAAGAAAUGACAAAAUUAUCUGCCAAUAGCUCUGAUCAAACAAGCUGCAUAAAUCUUCGCAUAAAACAAUUCCAUUUUUCAAAUAUUCGCAAAACUUUAGAAUCAAAAUACUUUUAUUAUGCAUACAUAUGUACAUAAAAAGAAAUUUAUAAUCCAAAUUGCUAAUGUGUAUUAAUAAUAUAAUCUAACAAGGAAGUAACCCGGAGAAUAUGCAGUUCAAAAUGCUUCUAAUGCAGUUAAUAAUCAAUAUUAUGAAUAUAGCAGGCUGCAACUAAAGGAGUACAUACUUAUAUUAACAUGCUUUCCGUCACAUUCUCGCAGCAAAAAAUAGGCAACAUUCUUUAAAAUAAUAACUAAGUGAACAUGCCACUUCAAAAGUAACUGUAAAUGUCAAAGUCAGUAACUUCAUUUCUGCAGGUAAUACUUAAAGCAGUCAUAUGAAAUCAGUUAGAAUAAUAUUUAAUUAAUUUAAAAAUCAUAGGCAUACACUGAUGUUAUGCAUAUAUACAUACAUACAAACAAUUAGAUAAUGCAUACAAGAAUUUACAAAAUCACAAAAACAUGAACGAAAAUACCAAAUAUUUUAUGUACCUAUUGUAUCACUUAACAAACAAAUAAAUGAAGCAAUGUAGUAGGGAAGUUGGAAUGGAGAAGUUGGCAAGAAAAAGAAAGCACUGAGAUAACAUGUACAGAAGUAAAAGAUACAUACAUUCAUACCACAUACCACAUACAUAUACAUAUAAUUGACAGGAAACAAGACUUAAGCAAUGCACAACACACUCACUGACAUACAAAUAAAUUCAACAAUAAUAUUCUCAGACUUCCACACACACACACACAUACAAUAUUUCUGACCCUCAUAAUUUUUCUUGAACCUUGAAAAUAAAAAAAAGUACCAUUAAAAAAAGAACAGUUAGAGUGGUAUAACCAUUAUUUGCAAAAUCUACGCAAUAUUCUCACAAAACACAAACAAAUACAUAUUGAGCAUAUACACAUGUAAUUGCAAUAGCGAUUACAAAAAAACAUACAUAUGUUGAAAACAAACCAUUCCCAACAACAAAGCAAAACAAUACAAAUAAUAUUCAAUCGUUGACUAUCCAAUGUUGCCCACAAAAUGUAAAACAUGUUUACACCUAAAUUUUUUAUAUACUAAGAGAAUUGUUUAAUAUUUAUAUUUACUUAGUCAACGCAAAAGCGAUAUGUUGAUAAUAAGCAAUGAAAACUAAAUACAUACCGUAAUAUGUAUAAAUAGGAUUUACAUAUGUAUGUAUGUACUUACUGAAAAGUGGUUUACUAAUAAUCCUUCUAAUCACGACCGUUAUUGCCAACUACAUUUCUGAAAUUAUAUUCAUCUUAUCACUCACAGCUGGCAGUUAGCUGGCAAGCCAAGCUUUAAAAUUUCAAGAAAUUUAUUUAUUAUGAAAUAAAUGGCCGCAUUUAAACGAUAUCAGCUCAAGAUAUCACACUUACCAAUACUAUUAGACACACACAAACACAUAUUCACUUGUUAAAGCCACGCCCACUAGUCACUAUAACUACUUACAUACUUACAUAAGUAUAUACUCGUUGAAAGCAUAGAACGCAACCUUUACAAAUUCAUACAAACAUACAGAUAUACCAACCACCAUGUGUAUGUAAAUUCUCACUUACAAUCAUACAUAUGUACAUAUGUACGUAGUAUUGCAGAUUGUUCACAUGUUUACUUACGCAUACAUACAUACAAUACAGAGAUGUUUACUUACAUACAUAAAUUACAAUACUUAGCAAAAAUGUCCCUAGCAAAAUUUUGUUUAAUAACUAUUUACUAUGAAAUUAAAAAAUUGCGAAAGAAACUGUCGAAUACUUUCACAGGUUAUGAACUUAUCACUAACUGAAAAAAAGUCAAAGAAAUUAGGCAAAGAAACGGUGAAUGCAUACACGAUAAUUACAAAUUACAUAAUAUGUAUAAUAAAAAAUAAAUCUAAAAUAAUAACUUUAAUAACGAUGAUGAUAAUGAUGAAACAGACAAUUGUUAUACGGUAUUAUUAUACUUUUUCUAUAACUUAUAAUUUAUUUAAUAAAAGUAAAUGCGAAAAAAUCGUAAAUACAUAAUUGCAAAAAAGAAAAUAUUGCAGAAAAAUAA